UGUUUAAAGAAUCAAUUUUUUUUUUCAGGAGUUGAUCUUAUAAAGUAUCAUGGGUAAUUGCUGUGUGAAACCGGGUAAAUCUGCCGAAAAAAAGAACAAAAAGAACAACAGCAAACCCAACCCUUUUUCAAUUGAUUAUGGGGGUACUAAACAUGCCUCUGGGAGUGGAAACAAGCUAGUUGUAUUAAAAGAACCAACAGGGCAAAAUAUACAUGAUAAGUAUGAUUUGGGUCGUGAGCUCGGAAGAGGAGAAUUUGGGGUUACUUAUCUAUGUACUGACUUGGAAGGAGGAGAGAAAUAUGCCUGCAAAUCGAUAUCUAAGAAGAAGCUAAGGACUGCAGUGGAUAUUGAUGAUGUUAGGAGAGAGGUUGAGAUCAUGAAACAUUUGCCUGUGCAUCCGAAUAUUGUGACCUUGAAGGAUACUUAUGAGGAUGAUAAUGCAGUGCACAUUGUGAUGGAAUUGUGUGAGGGUGGGGAGUUGUUUGAUCGAAUCGUUGCUAGAGGCCACUAUACAGAGAGGGCAGCUGCUGGAAUUUUGAAGACUGUCGUGGAAGUCGUUCAGAUGUGUCACAGACAUGGGGUAAUGCAUCGUGAUCUCAAACCUGAGAAUUUUCUUUUUGGUAACAAGAAAGAAACAGCUCCGCUGAAGGCUAUUGACUUUGGGUUGUCUGUUUUCUUUAAACCUGGGGAACGCUUUAAUGAGAUAGUGGGAAGUCCUUAUUACAUGGCUCCUGAGGUCCUAAAGCGCAACUAUGGACCAGAGGUCGAUGUCUGGAGUGCUGGAGUUAUACUUUAUAUUCUUCUUUGUGGUGUUCCACCUUUCUGGGCAGAGACUGAACAAGGAGUAGCCCAAGCGAUUAUUCGUUCGGUGAUUGAUUUCAAGAGGGAUCCAUGGCCUAAAGUUUCUGAUAAUGCAAAGGAUCUUGUAAAGAAAAUGCUUGAUCCAGAUCCAACUCGACGACUCACAGCUCAUCAAGUUCUUGAGCAUCCCUGGUUACAGAAUAUAAAGAAAGCACCAAACGUCUCAUUGGGUGAGACUGUUAAAGCAAGACUAAAGCAGUUUUCAGUAAUGAACAAGCUCAAGAAAAAAGCUCUGACGGUUAUAGCUGAGUUUUUGUCUGCGGAGGAAGUCGCUGGAAUGAAGGAAGCAUUUGAAAUGAUGGAUACUGGAAAGAAGGGCAAGAUAAACCUCGAAGAACUUAAAGAUGGCUUGCAGAAGCUUGGCCAUCAAAUCCCUGAUGCUGAUCUUCAGAUUCUCAUGGAAGCGGCUGACGUUGAUGGAGAUGGAAGUUUAAAUUAUCCAGAGUUUGUUGCUGUAUCUAUUCAUCUUAGAAAGAUGGCCAAUGAUGAACACCUGCACAAAGCAUUUUCAUUUUUUGACAAAAAUCAGAGUGAUUACAUAGAAAUCGAAGAGCUUCGUAGUGCCUUGAGUGAUGAGGACGACAGCAACAGUGAGGAAGUCACCAAUGCCAUUAUGCAUGAUGUUGAUACAGACAAGGAUGGUCGGAUUAGUUAUGAGGAAUUUGCUACGAUGAUGAAGGCUGGUACGGAUUGGAGAAAAGCAUCGAGACAAUAUUCACGUGAACGUUUUAACAGUCUCAGCUUAAAAUUGAUGAGGGAUGGUUCAUUACAAGUUGAAAACAAAGUCUAGAUCAUCAAAAUCCAGAAGAAAGAAAUGUUGAAAAGAGGAGAA